GAAGGUUACAUUUAUUCGAAUAUUGUAUUAAAUAUUCGUCUCUGAUAUUUCAUACUACUUCAAUUUAUAUCACAGUGAAUUAUAAUUUUUAAAAUAUAUAUUCAUUCAAAAACAUUAACCUAAUCAUACUGUCUGUGAUGGAAACUCAUUCAUCGUCAGUGUAUCGUCGUAAAUCAUUAAAAUUAGAAAAUUUUGAAAAGUUUAAACUUUGUUCAAAAAGUUUUGAAAAGCAGUAUUGUAAUAUAUAUAAUGCAAGAUUAACCGUAUUAAGGGACUUACUGUUACAAAAAGCAAGAGACAAAUGGGCCCAGAAUGAGAUCCUAUUUACAUUAUCUGAACUUUCUGAAAAAGAUCAAGAUAAUGAUUACAUUGUAAUAGGAUCAUUAUACAAACAUCAAGAAUUGAAACCAUCAAUAUUGCACGAGCUUAGCGAAGAACUUCAAUUAACAACUCAAUUGCCUAGAACAAAUUAUGCAUCAUUUAAAGAUGUAUUAUUUUUGGAAGACAAUUCCUUGCGUAUUAAAUUGGUCGGCAAUCACAUGAAUAUUCAAAAUGUAGUUACCGGCAUUAUUUGUGCUGUACUUGGACAUCAGUUAGAAAAUGGUGCAUUUUAUGUGACAGAUUGGUGUUACCCGGGAUGUAUUCCAAAGCUAACGACAAUUAGUAAACCAUUAGAUAAAUUUGGAAAAAUCUUAAUAAUAUCGGGUUUAGAUUUAGCAAAUAAUACACAAUCAUUGAGUCUAAACUUAUUUUCUGAAUGGAUAACUGGAAUGAUUGGUUGUAAUGAGGUUCAAAAGGAAGUGGCAUCUAUAGCAUGUAUUAUUAUAGCAGGAAAUAGUAUAAGAGGAUCUAUAGAAAUGUACAAUCAUAAAGGAUAUUUUGAAACUAAAACACAUGAUGAAACUAUCUUUAAAGAGGCUACAGCAAUAGCUCAUAAACUUGACAAGUUUCUUUUUUCUAUAGCACAAUGUUGUCCCAUAAUAUUAAUGCCUGGUGAAUUUGACCCAUCUUGUCAUGCAAUACCUCAACAAGCAUUUCAUCCUUGCAUAUUACCUCAAACUUCUAGAUUGAAGAGUUUCUAUGCAGUUACUAAUCCAUGGAUUGGUAGUAUUAACUCGCGCAUAAUAGCUGGAUCCAGUGGUCAGCCUAUUUCGGACAUUAUGAAGGUUGCUGGACUAGCUAAUGCUUCACCAUUGUCAUGGUUAGAAUGUACAUUAAUUUGGAGUCAUUAUGCACCAACUGCUCCAGAUACUGUACCUGCUUAUCCAUAUUCUCAGAUUGAUCCAUUUGUUAUGACAGAAUUUCCUGACAUUUAUUUUGUUGGUAAUAUGGAUAAAUAUGACACUAAAUUAGUAGCAGCAAAUGAAAGAAAUACAAGAUUGAUUUGCAUCCCAAAAUUUUCCGAAACACAAACAGCUGUGUUAAUUGACCUGCAGGAUUUAAGAACUUGGCCCGUUUCCUUUGGCGUUUGUUAAUUUAAUAUAUUUUUAAAUUUGACAUGAAAUGUUAACAUGAUCUGCAAUAAUGAAUUGCAAAAAUAUGUAAUAAUUAAAAUAUUCCUUUAUAUAAUUGUAAUAUAGUUUUUACAUAGUAAAUAUAUUAUUUAUUUUACCGAAUAAUGUAUUUAUGUUUCUAAAUCAUAUUUACAUGCGCAGGUAGACUUU